CAUCAUUUGGCGCAUGCGCAUUGCAGCGAGAACAGAGGCAAGCGUGAUCUGGACGUCGGGCAUCAGCAGUGAAGAUCUGCAAUCAUGGAUUUCCAGCACAGAGCUGGAGGGAAGACGGGCAGCGGUGGCGUGGCGUCGGCGUCCGAGAGUAACCGGGACCGGCGUGAGCGGCUGCGGCAGCUGGCGUUAGAGACCAUCGACAUCAAUAAAGACCCGUAUUUCAUGAAAAACCACCUGGGCUCCUAUGAGUGUAAACUGUGUCUCACGCUGCACAACAAUGAGGGGAGUUAUCUUGCGCACACACAGGGCAAAAAGCACCAGUCUAACCUAGCGAGGCGAGCUGCAAAAGAGGCGAAGGAAGCCCCGGCUCAGCCUGCUCCAGAGAAAGUCAAGGUGGAGGUCAAGAAGUUUGUCAAGAUCGGCAGACCCGGUUAUAAAGUAACGAAACAGAGGGAUCCAGAGAUCGGACAGCAGAGUCUGCUUUUCCAGAUCGAUUACCCAGAGAUAGCGGAGGGAAUCGGGCCGCGGCAUCGCUUCAUGUCAGCAUAUGAGCAGAGAAUCGAGCCUCCGGACCGGCGCUGGCAGUAUCUACUGUUUGCUGCAGAACCGUACGAAACCAUCUCUUUCAAGGUCCCCAGUCGAGAGAUUGACAAAGCAGAAACCCGUUUUUGGACGCACUGGAACAGAGAAACCAAACAGUUUUUCCUGCAGUUUCACUUUAAGAUGGAGAAGGCUCUGGUGGCUCCGCCGGGGCCGCCGGUGGGAGUGAAGCAUCCUCCAUCUCUGAUCACGGGUCUGGGGCCACGGGACGCUAUGCCUGGCCUGCCCCCACUGCCCCCUGGAGCCCCCGUCCCACCGCAGAUGCCUCCGCCAGGGGUCCUGCCGCUGCACCUGCGCCCACCACUGCCCACCGACGGAUGAACCCCUGAAUCUGUUUUAAACCUUCAGCAUAUGAAGAUCUGAGCGUUUCUCUCAGUGAUGUAGAAACAUUGUCCAAAUGUUAUUUUUAUGUUCUUUUGUAUUGUUAUUAAAGCCUCUUUAGAUUCAA